ACAACCCAGCUGUGGGCUACUGUCAAGGCAUGAACUUCAUCGCUGGGUACCUCAUCAUCAUCACUAAAGAUGAGGAGAAAUCAUUCUGGCUGAUGGACGCUCUACUGGGCAGGAUACUACCAGACUACUACACCCCAGCCAUGCUGGGUCUGAAGAUGGACCAGGAGGUUUUAGGGGAGCUUGUGAGGACCAAAGCCCCAGUUGUGUGGCAGGCCAUGGGGCAACACAACGUCAUGUGGACCCUGGUGGUCUCCAGGUGGUUCAUCUGUCUCUACAUAGACGUCCUGCCUGUAGAGACGGUUCUGCGUAUCUGGGACUGUCUGUUCUACGAGGGUUCUAAGAUUCUGUUCCGUGUGGCUCUGACGUUGAUAAGGAACCAGCAGGCUGAGGUCCAACAGGCCGGUUCCCUGCCUGACGUCUGUGACUGCUUCAAACACAUGACCAGAGGCCCUGAUGUAGAGGACUGCCACUCCUUCAUGCAGAAAAUCUUCACGGAACCCGGAAGCCUCUCCAUGGCAACCAUCACCAAGCUCCGGGAGACGUGUCGAGCACGCAUCAUCGCUGAGGAGUCCUGACCCCAUCCUCCUGACCUGUCAAUCAAACACUACACAUUCCGGGCUGGGUCCCAACACUCCUUAAUGGUCUCCUCUCCUCGGAUCCUAUCCCUCACUGUUGGGACAGUGUCCUAGACUGUUUUGUACUCUUUAGCAUGACUACCACGUAGCUACGUAGACUACCAUGUAUGGAGACUAUAAGAUGUUACGAGUACCAGCAAAUUAAUUAGUUACUAUCCUGUGGGGGCACAUCGUACAGGUUAAAUAAACAUGAGCCUAUCACAAUAAUUAACAACAAAGAUGCCGAUGAAACCUUUAGUCUAUUACACUAUUGUCAUUUACUGUAUGAAAGUCACAUGAAAUAAAACGUAUUUAGCCAAUGGACA